AUGGCGUCGUCUAUAGGCUACAAGCUGUCUGGCGCGAUUCGGCGAACCAUUACUCCUCCCGUUCCAACCGCGAAACUAUGGGCCGCCAGAUAUGCCCCCACACCCGCUCGCCCUCUCCUUGACAUGUCGCAAGGCGCACCUGGCCAUCCACCUCACCCGAUCCUCCGCGACGCGAUAGCCCGUACCACCCAUGAACCAUCCUCCCAUGCGUACGCGCCCGUGACAGGUCUCCCAGCUCUCAGAGGCGCACUUGCGGACGAGAUGAAGAGUGUAUAUGGGUCGGAAACGAACGUCGGUCCAGAGGAUAUCGCCGUCACCGCUGGCGCCAACCUUGCGUUUUUUGCGGCGGUCAUGACGUUGGCUCAGAAGGGUGACGAGGUUAUUCUACCGGUUCCUUGGUACUUCAACCACUACAUGACCCUCACAAUGCUCGGCAUCGCUGCUGUACCGCUUCAAACAUUGCCCAGCACCGGGUUCCUCCCAUCUCCCAAGGAGUGUGAACACCUCAUCUCACCACGCACGCGUGCGAUUGUCCUCGUCUCACCAAACAAUCCCACAGGCGCAGUGUACCCACCAUCUCUUAUCGCCUCCUUCGCAGCUCUCGCGCGGCGACGGAAUGUUGCACUCAUCCUGGACGAAACAUAUCGCGACUUCGCCCCUAGUCCUCCACACACGCUCUUUGCCUCCGCAUCUGCAUCUAGCCCCCAUAACAGCGUCCACGCCGACUCGCUACCAUCGGACUGGAACUGGCGCUCGUAUCUUCUCCACAUCUUCUCUUUCUCCAAAGCUUACGCCAUCCCCGGUGCCCGCCUCGGCGCCCUGGUCGGCCCUCCUCCGUUCUUGCACGAAGCCGCCAAAGCACUCGAUACGAUCCAGAUUGGUGCGCCGCGAGCCAUUCAGGCUGCGCUUGCCUCGCCAGUCUCGUCCUCAGGCUCGGAGACCGUGCUCGCCGCUUUGCGGACCUCGCUCGCAGACCAACGCGCGUCUCUCGAAGCGCGUCAUGCGACCUUUGCACGUUCGUUGCCGGCAUCGUGGGCGAUCGGAGCUCAGGGCGGGUACUUUGCGUUUGUGCGCCAUCCGUUCGAGGGCGUCGACGCGAGCACAGUGUGCGAGAGGCUCGCUCGGGAGUGCGGGGUGGUGAGCAUGCCUGCGGCGUGGUUCGUCCCCGAAGCGGAUUUGGAAGGGACGAGUGGGGACAAGGGCAGAGGCCAAGACGAGGCCGAUAAGGCGGGUUCGUGGGAUAGAUGGAUCCGCUUCUCGGUAGCAAAUGUGGAGGAUGCACAGGUACGGGAUGCAUGUGCUCGUCUUGGGGAGGCGGAGGGGCGAUUUGAAUGGAGGCAUUAG